AUGGGUGACAGCCGGCCAUUCGUGACUAUAAGUGAAUGGCAGCCGACGGAUGGGACCGGCUUCAGCAGUGGUGAUUCUGCCGUACGUCGACACAACAGAGCAGCCAGGGCUCAAAAUCGCUCCCGUCUAAUCACAUCUUCUCAGUAUGGCUCCGGCAGUGAUGAUGACAGGACGCCGUCGGCGACACACGACAUUAGCCGCGUAAACUUUCACAUGAAGAAUAUAUCCGAUUUCGCGAGAACUCUCGAGGAUUCGGCCGCGCGGGCGUUUCCCAACAAGGGGGGCUUGCAGAGGUACAAGAAAGUACACGUCCUCCUUCUCCACUGGACAUGCGAUGAUCUGUUCGUCCUCAGAGAACUCAACGACCUGGAGGGGUGCCUCCAGGUGGAUUACAACUUCGAGACUGAAACGUUCCCGAUACCGUCCGACAACGCGCAUCUGGAGUUGAUGAUGAAGAUAGGGGCCAUGGUCAAAGAACACGAAUCGAGUGAUACGUUGUUCAUCGUCUACUAUGGCGGUCAUGCGAGGAUAGACGAGUCGAGACAGAGUACGUGGUGCGGGACUCGAAGUUCCGAUUCGCCUUGGCUACAGUGGUCCGCGAUCCAGACGUUGUUGGAACGGUCCCUCUCGGAUGUUCUGAUCCUGCUGGACUGCUGCGCGGGGGCCGCAAGUGCUACUUUCCCCAACGGCACCAGCAUAACGGAAACGAUCUCGGCCUCUAGCUGGGAUGCUAUCGCUCCAGAUCCCGGGAGGUUUUCUUUCACUAACACCCUCAUCGAAGUGCUCCAGGAUUGGAAACGGAGGACGUUUUCCGCCGUCAUGUUGCACGCCGAGGUCCUCGCACGCCUCAAACAUCCGAGGCCCGAAGUGCUCAACGGCAAGCACUUCGAGGCGCGGGCGACACCGGUACACUUCAUGAUGACUGCUAAUCACAAGGCGCUAAGCAUCGAGAUAACCCGGAUGGUGCUGCCGGACGCUAGGCCACCUUCGCCCCCCCUAGAGCCCGGGCUCGGGGCGAACCCACCUAGUCUCACCGGACGACCCGCCAUCCCGCAAGGCAUCAUCGGAUCUGAACCAAACGAAGACGUGCCACACGUGAUGAUCUCCCUAGCUCUCGAAGAGGACCAGCGCCUCAAUAUUAACGAUUGGGAAAACUGGCUUUCCACGCUGCCCGCGCUUGCUAGAUAUGUGAAGGUCCAGGGAGUUUUCAAGAGCCACUCGACGCUGCUACUUCUAUCAAUGCCGGUGAUGAUCUGGGACCUAAUUCCGGAGGACCACGCGUGUAACUUUGUAGCAUUCAUCCGAUCCAACAACCUAGCUGUCCGCCAGGAUGGUGCGCUGCGACCAUUGGAGGAAGAGGCAUCGACAGGUGUCGACGCAGACGAGGACAUGCGAUCGAUCUAUUCGGGGACCACCGCAUACACCGCCGGGCCGCUCGAAUCCGCCGGAGGGGCGAGGCUAUCUAUGAUGUCGGCCUUCUCGAGCGGGAAGACACCCAAGGAGCCGAUAUAUAGCAGCUUUGAGCGCCCCAUGUUCGGAUCCACCAGCCAUGGCCACCGCCCUUCGGCGAAUAUGACGCCUAGAGAUCCUCCUCAGGUGCGCAGGAACUGGGACCCGUCUUCCCAUGGUCCCCCACCAAGGCAACGAACCAAGCCGGCGUCCACCAGCCGCCUCCACAAGAGCGCGUCUUCUAACAACAUGUCACAACAGCCAGCUACAACCAUACCACGGAUCACGAAGACACACACAGAUCCUAUCGAUGACCCAGAAGACCAACCUGACUUGCCGCCCCAUGCGCAAACGCGUCUGGAGGAAUACUUCCAGGACAACCAAAGGCCGACAGUUGCUGUCAAAGAAUUCCUGGCCUCGAUGCUCGGCAUAGCAACUGCGGAUAUUGAUAUUUGGUUCCACCACCGCCGAGAACAGCAGGAGGUGUCGAAUAGGCUGCAAAGCCUGAAAAUAGACGAUCAUAGCCACGAACCUCCCAAUGAUGGCCCCCAAAUGAUUCUUCCCGGGCAUCUCAACAAGCUGCUAGAAAUAUUCCCAACCGGUCAGAUCGUCAUAAUCGAUCUCCGCCCGCCGGCGGAAUACGAUCAGUCUCAUAUUCACGGCGCAAUCAAUUUCCGGGCCCCCGCGUCAUUUGUAACGCGGGCGACCAUGGAGAUGAUUGAAAAGGCCUUACCAGACGAGGCGAGCCGUAGUUCGUUCAACAAAUGGUACACCAGCAAAUGCGUCGUGUUCUACGACAAGGUGGUCGAAUAUCCCUGGCAGGCGCCCGCGGCCAAUACCCUCUUCCAGAAAUUCAAGACCAAAGGGUGGUCUGGGCAAUGCUUCGUGCUCAAAGGCCACUACCGCGAAUUCUCACAUUCGUUCGACAAGUACAUCAUUGGCUUAAAUACGACGGCCAAUGCCAAGGAAUAUCUUGCGAGCCUCCGUGACGUGUCUUGGGAGAAGACGAAAGACGAUCAUCAACGGUAUGACGACUGGCUUAAACUCCUGGAGGGAGAGGACAGAGUACAGUCGACAGACCUAGUUCCGGUGGCGAAGGCCGAACGCGUCGAUGCCAUGGUGAAACACCAGAAGGAGAUUGAGGAAGAGUUUGAGAGGAGCCAUCCAUUGUUAUUCCAGGAGGCUAUGGAGCGGGAGCCGGAUGGCAACUGGACUAUUAAGGGCCCCAUGGUCGCUCACUUGGAGCGCGGGAUCGCUAAGAUGCAAGAAGCCGGAAAGGGCCUCGGAGCAGGUAUGACCACCACUCCCGACAUCAAGCGCGCGGCAGACAAGCUCUCCAUGUCCGAUUACGACCUGCUAGACUCCGAGGAUGAGCAGGUCGCCCAAGACUCGUCCACGACGCAGAAGGCAGGGUCAGGGCGCGGCCCCAAAUCCGCAUCCGACGACACCGUCCCCGAGAAGAAGGAGCGAUCCGGAGGGCGCGGCCUCUUUAACAAGUUAAUGCGGACUGGUCGUCCAGACACGCCACGGACCGGUCGUCCGGAUACGCCACGGUAG